UUUUUUCUUUUCUUUCCGCCGGGACGGGAAGAAAAGGGAAAAAAAGAAGAAAAAGAGAGUAAAUUAGGAAGGGUUGAGGAACGCUACGUAACGAACAAAGGCCCAACAAGCACUGAUGCUUUCCUUUGCCUCCCUUCUAGCUCCAAUUCGCAUCUUGCUAUGUGAAAUCGCAAUCCUUAACCGUUCUUUGCAUUCCAAAGCCAAACAAGGCAUUAAGCCGAAAGGCAGGGAUAUCAAAAGGGAAAAGAUGAUAGCGCGAUCCAAUUUAGCAGAGCUGUUAAGGGAGUAUCAGAUUCGAUCUAAGCACGAUUGGGCCUCUGUUUCGUUUUUCGCGUCAACCUCCAAUCCCACAUCUUCUAGGGUGGAUGUGUCCUUCGUUAUAUGGGAACUCGUCAUUUUAGCCUUUCUGGUUUGUUCGUCCGUUUCUUUAUAUUUUAGGCACAUGCACCUUGCCUUUAUCCUAGCAGGAAUCGCAAUGCUACUGUUCCUCUGCAUAAAAAUCACAAAACAAGUGAGAUUGGCCAAUAACAAGAAAAGAAGGAUGAUGCUUCCAUUAUCUAUGUAGAACUGCAUGACUUUGAAUUUGUU